AGUGGCUUGUGCUAGUCCCGAUUGGUGUGGCUUGCAAUGGGCCACAUUACUACGCGCAGGCCUGAGGCCCCAUUGUUCGUGUGCGAGUUAUAAUAAGGCGGCCCUGGCGUACUAGUACGCCUUGAACCCUCACUCGUUAGGCCCAUCCCCCCUGUGUGGACGCCAUGACUCCGGCUACCAUCUUCCAAGCUUCUAGUGCCAGUGUGAAGCGGAUCACCGCACGCGUCGGGAAGAUAGCUUGGUCCCAGUUCAACCGUCACCGCCACCGACAACGGUCAAAGAUGACUAUAGAUCGUCUACCAGAUGAAAUACUGGAACAUAUCUUCGUGCUCGCUGGCGAGCUUCAUCCCUGCCGGGGUCAGAGAGAUGUCACGCACACGACUCGAUGUAUGUCCUGCUCUGCAGAACUUGUUGUCUCGACGGUGUCGCGACGGUGGCGUGCCAUAGCUCUCAAUUAUUCGCGUCUGUGGACGACCAUCCGAUUGUCCGCGUCCACGACUCCUCAAGCGCUGCAGCUCUACUUGGAUAGAUCCAGAUACCGUCCCCUUGACGUGGAGAUUGUCGUCCGAAUGUCGAAGGGUGCCACUACGGCGAGUCGACCGAUCACUCAAGGCGCGUUACGCACGCUCCUCCACACGCUCCUUCAAGCACUUCCGCGAUGGAGACAACUCCACGUCAGCACCCCGUUUCCGGACAUCUUGGACGUCGUCAUGUCUCUACUUGGGCAGAAACACCUCGGGGCACCGUCACUGGAGGUUCUGGCGAUUGAAUGCCCGUUCGAGACAGGCUUGCUCAGCGGCAACGGCAACAUGUACCCACAACCGUUCCCUGCUGGCGCCCCCCGACUGCAGCAUGUGCAAUUGCACAGGUGCAGCUUCCCUCUGCAGGACAACGAGUCGCUGUCGCGCCUGACCUCCUUUGAAGUGGCGAGCGCUCCGUGGACGUUGUCAGACUUGCACGUCUUGUCUAUUACCUCCCCACAGUUGACGCACCUCGCAGUCACGUCGAGCUAUAAGUUGGACUCGCGUGUCUCGCUCCACUUCCCGAACCUUCGCAGUCUGCGGAUAGGUGAUUACUUCCAAAACGCCACAAUCCUGGAGUUGAUGGAGGCGCCGCAGCUGGAGGUACUGCAGAUCGAGGAUAUGGAGGUGCAGUUCAACGUUACCGCAGGCUGGUACGUGGACGCGCUGAGGGGCGAUGGAUCUCAUGGCGACCAGAGCAAGUUCCCAAACUUGCGCUCUCUGCGUCUGCAGAUGCCCGGCUCGCCCGAGGACCCAUCGCCGCUAAUCGUGGGCCAACGCUUCAGUGAUUUCCUGAGGUUAUUUCCGAGCGUCGAGCAUCUGGCGUUCGUCGGCAUUCAUGUUCACCAGUUCGUCCGCGGGCUUGUCGCUCUCCACUCCCACGUCGAACCCGACGACGUCCUCUUGCCCAAGUUGACCCACCUAACCUUGGGAGGCCAGGACGAACUCAACACGCUAGGCGGAGAAUGUGGCGUCAGAUUCCUCGAGUCGGUCAUGCAGCUCGUCAAGGUCCGACGACUAGUGAAUGGUCCCCUUCGUAGAAUUCAAGUACCGGUCAACGUCCUCGCCAGAGACCGUUUUCUACUGCGGAAGUUUCUCGUGCAAAUGCGACAUGGGAGUCGCAAGGGUCUCGAACUUGAAGGAGUCCGUAUGCCAUACCCCUCGGACGUCUGGCUCGGGUACAAGUGGGGUCUUCGAAUGCUACCACAGUUGCACGGCAAGAAUACGCUCGAAGGCGCGUCUGCGCUGCUAUGAUUGCCUAUUCAAGCCUCACGGCCUCAAGGCUUCUGGUGUCUGUCCUGCGUUAUCAACGAGUUGAAGGCUCGACCCGUCAUCCCCACGCACCAACGCCACUCCGCGUUCCUUCGUUGUAAGUUACUAUAUAGCCACCACAGUGCAAAUCAUGCAUAACAUCACUAGUCACUCGUUAUCCUGUAGUUAGUUGUGAAUGCUCUGUUAUCACACCGUUAUUAUAUCAUGACAAUACUUUACUAUGUCCACCCGAUCAUGACCCUCUGCGGAAAUUUAUUGACGGAUCAUGGAUGUCGUUGCGAAUGCUCUAGGUCAAAACCAUUCGAACUAUUCAUCACACUAGUAUGCGGUACACAGUAG